AUGAUCCCUACUGCGUCCAGCUCAUCGCGGUACAGGUCCUCGUCUCCCGGACCGCGGCAGCCGAAAAACAGCACGGCCGGCGCGAGCACCCGUCCGUUGCGGAGCAUCUCGGCGCGCUCCUGCAAAAAUGCCCGGAACGGCGCGAUGCCCGUGCCCGCGGCGAUCAUUACGACGGGAGUCGUGGGUGCGGCGUCGCUGGGCGAUGGUGGUGGAGGGCGGAAGCCGACGGCGCCGGGCCGCACCGACACCUGCACCUUUUGGCCCGGCUCCAACGUCGCGAGAUAG